UCCAAAUAAAGAUUCAUUAAUUUCCUUACCAUCCCUUCCCUUCCCAAACAAAGCGUGAGUCGUCGGGUGGGCGAGAUGAGCGUGUUCGGUGGGGAUAGCUGGGGGUGGGAGGCGCAGCACCGGAAGAGGCGGGUGGACGAUCUCCUGCUCUCCUCUUCCUCUUCCUCGUCAUUCAAGAAGCUGUCCAACGGCAAGUACGCCUGCCUCGUCUGCCCCCACAACCCCAUCCUCGACUCCCCUCUCAUGCUCUCCAUGCAUAACAAGGGAUCUCGCCACAUUGCUGCAGAAUCCAGGCUGGGGGAAAGAGAACUAUCUAGGAAGGAAGAAUUAAGCAAGAGAAUAGCCUUAUCUGCUGAAUCUGCUGAUGCCUCAAGCAUUCCUAAUUCAAGUCCAAAAUUGAAGAGCUCUGAGAUAUACAAUAAACCAUUGAUUAAACAGACACAAAAGGCUAUUUUAGAAACACAAUGCAAUAUGUUUAAUGAUCUAAGUGCUGUACCUGUCGUGAAAUCGAGGCCCAAUGUUUCUUUCUAUGAUUCCAAAUUAUCUCCUUCCUGUAAUUCUGUUAUAGAGUCAUCUACAAGUACCAUUCUUGAUGACUCUAAUCACAGUGACAAGAAGUAUGUAGUGAGGGCUGAAACAGAUGCUAAGGUGCUUGCAGAGUGGAAUGUGGAACUUCGUAAACAACGUGAGAAAGAACUCAAGUUUACUGCUGCUGGUUGGAAGCGGGAUUGCCAUGGGAAGUGGUAUAGAGAUGAAAAUAGCUUCGUGCAUGUUUAUGGGAGUGAUGGUGCAGCUAACUACAGAUGCUGGCUAUUACAGGUUGAAUUUGACUCAGAUGAGGAAGAUCCAAAUGUCUGCCUGGGCUGAAGAACUGUUCAUAAUCUAUUUUAAUCACUGUAGCAGGAGUUUGAUACGUGGAGUAAAAGUGCUAUAUGUGCAAGCACUCAGCAUGUGAAAAAUUGCUCUUUUCUGUGUUAUGGAAUUGACCGGAUGUAUACCAGAACCUUGUUUCAGUUAAUACAAAAUUAACAAAUCCAUAUGGCUUUGGUCCCACUUUGAUGUUGUUGAUCAGCAACUGCUGCUGUGUAUGAUAAAAUAAUUUGUUUAUGUUCUA